AUGGAUGUCAAUAACAAAACAAAAGUCUUAGAGUUUGUUUUUUCUGGACUGACUAAUAAUGAGAUCCUGAAAUUCUUCCUCUUCACACUAUUCAUUGUCAUCUACUUUGCCACCAUAGUGAUCAAUGUUGGCUUGGUAGCUAUUGUCAAGAACACAUCAACCCUCCAGAACCCAAUGUACUACUUCCUGAGUUACCUCUCUCUGGUGGACAUCUUUUAUUCCUCUACCAUAACUCCAAAGAUGCUUUCUGACCUUAUGUCCCAGAGGAGGACCAUCUCCUUUGAAGGUUGUGCUCUUCAGUUCUUCUUCUAUGCAGCUUUGGGAUCCAUUGAGACUCUUCUCCUCUCCACCAUGUCCUAUGACCGCUAUGUUGCCAUAUGUCACCCUCUCCAUUAUAUGACCAUAAUGACAAAGAAGAAAUGUCUAUCUCUUGUUCUCCUUUCCUUUUCCAUUGGUUUCUUACAGUCUUCCGUACAGACCAGCUGUGCCUUUACUCUACAAUUCUGUGGAUCAAACGUUAUCGACCAUUUCUAUUGUGAUGUUCCACCAGUGCUCAGACUGUCUUGCUCAGAUACCUCUGCCAGUGACAUGGUCACUGUCUACAUUGUAGGUGCUUUGGCCAUUAGCUCAUUAAUGACUAUCCUCAUUUCAUACACCCUUAUUAUCUUUUCUGUUACAAAAAUUAGGUCCACAGAAAGUAGGAGGAAAGCCUUCAGUACCUGCACCUCACACCUCAUGUGUGUCUUUAUCUUCUAUGGCACUGUUUUGUUUACAUACAUGCGUUCUCCUUCCAGUGUCUUUACCAUACGGGACAAGGUGGCUUCUGUCUUCUACACAGCAGUGACACCAAUGCUGAACCCCCUUAUUUAUAGUCUGAGGAACCAAAGUGUGAGAGGAAGCAUAAUACAAUUAGUCAAAGGUUUUCAUGGUUUCCAUGUAGCACUUCCCCAACUAUGUGUAACUGAGCAGAAAAGAAAUAUGCAGCCCCAAACACCCACAGCAUUUAGAAUAGAAGCAGAGAGGAGAAUGAUGAGGUGA